AUGAAUAAUAUUCACCUUGUUGUAUUUGCUCAUGGCUUAUGGGGAAAUCAUAGUCAUUUACAGUAUUUAGUUGAUCGAUUUGAGAAAAAAAAUAGCCACGACGUUCAUAUUCUAAAUUCAAAGAACAAUUCAUCUGCUUAUACUUAUGAUGGUGUAGAUGUUUGUGGGGAUAGACUUAUUUAUACUGAAGUUAAAUCACUCCAAGAUAAAACCUUUAAAGUCACUAAGUUUAGUAUUGUUGGAUACUCCCUCGGUGGCCUAAUAUCAAGAUAUGCGAUUGGAAUACUUUAUAAAAGAGGGUUUUUUAAAACAGUUAAACCGAUUCUGUUCACAACAUUUGCAACUCCACAUUUAGGCAUUCGACGCGAAGACGAUAAAACGUUUACAAAAAUAACUAAUUGGGUAUCAACAACACUCUUGUCAAAAACUGGGGAACAACUUACCUUCAUGGAUAAAUACGAGGAAGAUGAGCCGAUUUUAUUGACAAUAUCUCGUCCAGACAAAAUUUACUUCAAAGCCCUUUCCGCGUUUAAAUAUAGAACAUUAUAUGCAAACGUCAGGAAUGAUAGAACAGUUCCUUUCUGGACAGCCGCGAUAUCUGAAGUCGAUCCAUUCGAUAACGUCGAAGAAUUAAAAAUUACUAUUACAAUACAAGGAAUAUUGUCAAGGCGAAGAGUGCAAAAGAUUUUAGCUUCAAAAGCCAAAAAUGAGGUUUAUGGUUCAAAUCAUGAAAUCCCCGUUAGAACUACAAGUUUAGAAGAAGAUGCCGUAGAGGCUGCAAUGAACAUAAGAAAUUUUCUCACACCGAGUUCGCCUACAACACCAAAUUCAGCAAAUUCAUUAUUACCGUCAAUAAAUCCAUUGGAAAAUUUUACUACUACAUCUUCAGAAUUUCCUCACGUUCAAUUAUGUAAUGAUCAACGUAAAGUAUUUGCAAACUUAAAUCAAUUAACAUGGGAAAAAUAUGCUGUUUAUCUUGAUGCAUUCAAUUCACAUGCAGCUAUUGUGAUGAGAAAUUCGCUUCAAACAAAGGGAAAAGAAGUCAUAAAACAUUUUGUGAACGAGAUAUUUAAGGAUAAUUAG